UAUCGGCAAUUCAACAUAAAAUUUUCUUCUUUUAAAUUAUGUAUUAAGUUAAGUAAAAAGUACUGAGUCAGUGAUAAUACCAAAGAUGAAGUUUCGCAAAUCAAUCAUUUCUAAUUCAAAGCAGGAUAUUGCCUGCUCAUUAUUCUUGUUCUUUAUCAUUCCAACAGUAUUUUAUUAUGAAAUCCAGCACGUUCUGGCUGAGAUUCAUGGAUAUAAUUAUAUUUUGUACACACAUAUAAUCCUCGGUUGCUAUUUAGUGUUUAAUAUAGUUGUGAAUUUAAUGCACAUCAUUUUAAUAGACACAAGUGUGUUCUCAACGAAUGAGCUUAUGACUACAUCGAGAUUCAAGACAGAUCCAACAGCAAAAGACUGGAAUUUGUGUGACAAAUGUGAACUGAUUGUUCCACCUCGUUCAUGGCAUUGUGAUGUAUGUAAUGUCUGUAUACUGAAAAGGGAUCAUCAUUGUAUGUUCGCUGGAAAUUGUGUCGGUCUUAAUAAUAAUCGAUAUUUCAUGAUUUUUCUCCUUCACUUCUUUAUUGGAGCUACUUAUUCGUUCUUUUAUAAUUCAUACUACAUCUGGAUAUAUCGUGGAACUUCAUUUAUUGCAUGGUUUACACCAUUUAAGAUGUUUUUCCCAAUGUUUAUGAUGUUCUUUAGAUCUAAUAAUGAUUGGCACUUGUUUCUAUACAUGCUUAUCAUGAUUGGAUCUAUUUUUACCGGCGUAUUACUUGUUUACCAUAUGAAACUUAUAGUUAAAAAUGCCACAACACAUGAAAAGAACAAAGGUGCUUAUGACUUAGGCAGAGCACAGAACUUAAAGAUUGUGUUUGGAGAUCGAUGGUUAUGGAGCAUUUUCUGGCCAUUUGCUGAAAGUACAUUACCAGAAGUAUAUUGGAAUCCAGCAGAAAGCCAAAAGAGUAGAUAAAUUACCAAAGAAUUUUUAAUUCCUAUUCAUUUAUUUGUGUGAUGAUUUAAAAGCUAAUGCCCGAGCUAAACUUAUCGGGUUAAAAUAAAUGUUUUUUAAAAUUA